AAUAGUGUUUUUCUUUUUUUUUGAUGAUAGCGUUUUGUUCGUGUGUGCCCCUUUGCUAAUCCAUAAUUAGAUUAUAGAAUAUUAGAUUGAUAUUAGACAUAUUUUUAAGGGUUCUCCUCACUCGAAUCUCAACCAUCAGAACAAACACAAUUUUGCCCGGCCCUUCCUAGGUUUUUGAUAUAAUAAAAAGGCAGAGAGCUCAUAGAUGGGGAAAAAAAGGAAAAACAUUGAUCCAUCUUCGAACUCUUUCGUAAAUUUGAAAGAAGAAGAAGGGAGAGAGAGAGAGAGAUAACAAUGGCGUUUACAGGGACACUAGACAAAUGCAAGGCGUGUGACAAGACGGUAUAUGUUAUGGACUUGAUGACAUUGGAAGGAAUGCCUUAUCACAAGUCAUGCUUCAGGUGCAGCCAUUGUAAUGGCACUCUCGUGAUAAGUAACUACUCAUCCAUGGAUGGAGUUUUGUAUUGCAAGACCCAUUUUGAACAACUCUUCAAAGAAUCUGGAAAUUUCAGCAAGAAUUUUCAAACAGCAGGAAAGACCGAGAAAUCGAAUGAAACGUCGAGGGCUCCAAACAGGUUAUCUUCCUUCUUUAGCGGAACACAAGACAAAUGUGCAGCUUGUAAGAAAACAGUUUAUCCUCUAGAGAAGAUGACAAUGGAAGGAGAAUCUUACCACAAGACUUGCUUCAGAUGUGCACAUAGUGGUUGUCCAUUAACACACUCUUCAUAUGCUGCUCUCGACGGCAUCCUUUACUGUAAAGUCCACUUCAGCCAGCUUUUCCUUGAGAAAGGUAAUUACAGUCACGUCCUCCAAGCCGCCGCUAACAACCGUCGCACGGGGGCUGACGAAGACAAAGCCGAACCCAAAGAAGAUGAAGCUAACCCUAACCCUAACCCUAACCCCACCGAAGAAGAAACUUCUGAUGCAGCAGCAAGUGAAGAACAUGAGUCCUAAGAUGAUCCGGGAGAGUUUUUUUUUUUUAUAAAAUAUAUCAUCAUCAUAAAUUGUUAAAAGAGCCACAGUUUUCUUUAACUAAUGCAACGAGGUAGAUCCAAAUUCUGUUUUUGUUACUUUUGUUUAUGGAACUGCUUAUUAUUAUAUUUGUAAAGUAUUUUAUUCAAGUUUACAAGUAAUGUUUUAGAUCCAAUUUGUAGCCAAACAAAUAAUUCAUAUCCAUUACUCCUU